GCCAAUCCCUCGACGUCCCCGUUCAGCGUCGCCGCCGUCCCCUUGCCCUAGCCAUCACCUCCCCUCCUCCUCUCCAGCUCCCGAGAUCGCCGCCGCUGAGCGUCGCCGCCGGGUCAGCGCCGUCUACUCCUCCUCGCCAUCGAACUCACCCCUCGUCAUCAGCCACGCCUCCGAUGGCAUUUGAGCUCAGCCCUCAGGUUCAUCGCCGCCUCCGGAGCUCGACCAAGCCCUCGACGUCUGCCCUCAUGGCUUCGAACAAAUUGAAAGAGUCGACGUCUUCGAAUUCUUCAAAAUCAAAGCCUACCUCUUCUAAAUGCAAUAAUCCUCCAACUUCGUAAGUAAUUUGCCAUGAUAUAUUUAAUUUUUAACUCUUUCUGAAUUAUAAUUUUUGUUGUAAGCCAUGAUGUAUAAUGUUUGUGUUAAUAAACUUGUUAAUAUGCGUCUUAAUUUGCCCAAAUAUAUUUAAUUUUUAACUCUUUCUGAAUUAUAAUUUUCUUGUAGGGCUAAGAUAACACACUUGAGAAUUCCGGCCAAUUUGUGUUAUUUUCGAGAUUUAAUUGAUAAGCGAAUAAAAUUAGAUGAAAGACACCUAAAAGCCCUACAGACGACACCUUUUCACAGCUUUCUCAAUAUACCCACAUCCUUGAGCAAUGAGCAAAUAGCAAUUGAUUGCUUGAUUCAAAAUUUUAAUCCUGAUAAAUGCUCAUUCAUGAUUGGGAAUAAAAAUUGUGUGUUCGGUAUAGAUGAUAUUCACCGAAUUACCGGAUUGCCAAAGGAGGGAAUUCCGAUAAAAAUGAGUGGGGCAGCGGCUAAUACAAUCUACACCUAUUUUGUAAAGAAUUAUAAGAAAGCCGAUGAGGAAAAGAAGGCGGUGAUUUCGGGGAAGCGCGAUAGAAUGGCCGAGAUGAUUGUAGAUAUGAUUAAUGAAGACCCUAUAAUAUGUGUGAAACUUAUUGUGGCUUUCAUUAUCGGCUUCAUAUUAUGCCCGCGGACAUGUAAGACAUGUCCCUUGUGGGCGUUUAGAUAUGCGGAGCAGUUAUCAACUUUGCAUAAAUAUAAUUGGUGCCAUGCGGUGUUCACUCUUCUUUGCAAAGAGAUGAGUAAAUCAAAGAAGUCUCUUAGUAUGCGGGAAUUAGGUCAGCGCUCAAAUGCCGGGUACAUGGGUGGUUUUUCCUCCGUUUUACUGGUUUGGUUUUAUGAAAAAGUAGGGGAAUUAGAGUACACUUCAGAUAUUGAAAGGUUACCGCCGCUCUUUUGUGUGAAGAGUACUGGAAAGUGGAGGAGGACUACUAUGAACAAAUUAUAUAGAGUCCCGAAGUUGGUUACGGAUAAUGGCCAAGAGAAUACUCCUCUUAUUCAUACGGCAUCGCCAAUAGUAUUUGAAUCAAGGAAAGCUGAAUUAAUUUUCUUAAUUGCGGAGAAGACGUACGAGUUGAAUGAGCUCACUACAGAAUUACGAGAAUUAGAAGAGCGUAGUGCUAGAUGCCAAAAAAAACCAAGGAGAAAGAGGAUGACGGAAAUGUAACUGAAGAAAAAAAAUCAAAGAGGAUAUGGAAGCUAAGGAAUAUGAGAAUUUGGAAGGAACUGGGGAAGCCGAUUUAUGUGAUGACUUUGUGAUGAGCGCAAGAGACGUGAGAAUUUUAGAAGAUGCUCGAGAUGUUUCUCAAAAAGAUGAAGGUGGUAAUGAGAAUAACAGAGAAACGCCAUCUAUCAAACGGGCUGUCGGAAAGAGGGAGAGGAAGGAUGGACCCUCUGUUACUUCACCUUAUAUGCCUCUAGAUCAACCAAAGGAAGGCACAAAGAAGAGACGUGUCAUCCAGAUAUUGGAUAGUCCUGAUGGGAAAAAAAAGUACAAAAAUGAAGAAGGCUUCAUACCUACAUCUAGAGACUAUCCAGGUAAGGCACUGGCGUUUGAUUAUGAGAACAAAUUAAUUGAAGACUUUCUACAAUCGAGAAUGAACAGUGAUACGUACAUUUGGAAGUGUGCCGAAGCAAGCGUAUCUCGCUUAGAUGCUUAUAUACUAUUAACGGGAGGUGAACUCAGUGACGAUGUGAUCGAUGCAUUUGUUAUUCGGCUUUGUAACAAGAUUGAAACAACUGAUAGUUAUGAUCGAAAGAUACAUGUCACAAGACCUUGGCUUGCACAAGCAUUUCUAGAAGGAAAUCUUGAAAUGGUGGCAAAACGAAUGAAGGAAAAUGUUUCUCAGCAGAAGUUCUUGGAGUGUGAAAGAAUUCUGAUCCCGAUUGUCAGCUCCGGACAUUGGCACCUGGUAGAGUUAGUGAGAGAGGAGACAAAAUUCUAUCACUACUCCUCAAUCAACUCCCCCAUUUAUACCGCCGAUGCUGUGAAAUUUAUAAAUAAGUUUAUGAGUUUCAUUGAGAGUAAUUGGGGAUUGGGGAAAUUGGAGCAUCAUGGUCUUGUGUCAGUUGCCGUGCCACAACAAGGACCAACGUUAGAUUGCGGGAUCUUUAUGAUUGAAUUCAUUAACAGCAUUGUCGAAAAACGGUCGAUAACAAUUUCAAAAGGAGAUUGUGCAAAAUAUAGAGCAAGGUUUUGUGCUGCUCUUUUGUAUGCACGCGAUUCACCUUUUUUGUAAAUAUUAUUUUAAUUUUCUCCAAGGUUUUUGUUGUGUAUUCAAUGUUGUAAGUAUGUUCAUGUUGUUAAUA